UCUAGUUCAGGUACUUAUUGUUGAUCUAGUUCUGGUUCUUAUUGUUGAUCUAGUUCUAGUUCUUAUUGUUGAUCUAGUUCUGGUUCUAAUUGUUGAUCCGGUUCUGAAAUCGCUUGGUUGCUACGGAGUGGCGGAUGAGCUCGUGACGUCACCCGGCUCCCCUGGUAACCCCACUCGGCGUCUCCGCAGGAAAAACAACACCGCCAUGGGUUUAUUAUCGAUCCUUCGAAAAUUGAAGAGCGCCCCAGACCAGGAGGUGCGCAUCCUGCUUUUGGGCCUCGACAAUGGAGGAAAGACAACGCUACUCAAGCAGCUGGCUUCUGAAGACAUCAGUCACAUCACCCCCACCCAGGGCUUCAACAUAAAGAGCGUGCAGUCCCAGGGCUUUAAGCUGAAUGUUUGGGACAUUGGAGGCCAGAGGAAAAUCCGACCAUACUGGAGAAACUACUUUGAAAACACAGAUAUUCUUAUAUAUGUAAUUGACAGUGCUGAUCGGAAGAGAUUUGAAGAAACAGGGCAGGAACUGGCUGAGUUGCUGGAUGAGGAGAAGCUUAGUGGUGUUCCUGUUCUUAUCUUUGCCAAUAAGCAAGAUCUGCUCACUGCUGCUCCAGCCUCAGAGAUCGCAGAGGGUCUUAACCUACACACCAUCCGUGAUCGCAUGUGGCAGAUCCAGUCCUGCUCUGCUCUAACAGGAGAAGGAGUGCAGGAUGGCAUGAACUGGGUGUGCAAGAAUGUCACAGCAAAGAAGAAGUAAGAGCAAUAAUACGUCUCUAAGCUAUCCAGGCAUUGUGUGAAAAAGUGAAACACUGUGGACUAUGAGGAUUCUUCACCAGCUGGUCCAGGUUAUAGGGGAAUGAACUCUACUCUGACAGCAGCUGGGGAGGACUAGGACAAGGCCUUUAACCCCUGACCCCUGCAAAUGUCAAGCAACACUGCACUGCAAGUCCCACAUUGCCACAUUCCCCAUGGAUCCACUAUGUCCUGUCUUCAGUUCUUCCUAACUGUCACUCUACUGUUUCUUCAGCCUAACCCCCCUAAAUGCGACCACUAUCUUUAUAUAUAUAUGUAUGUAUGUAUGUAUAAGAUUUAUAUGUAACCAAUACUGCAGCUAUUAAUCCAUUACCCAAAACACCCACAACACCAUCGCAGGCCAAGAACAGGCCUUGCAGACGCCUAAAAUAUUAAGACUUUUCAGUUUUAAGACUGAGCUUCUUUUCUUUAGCCACUCUCUAUGCGUUCUCUCUGCAAAGGCUUGUUACUUCAUGUAUUGCAGUUUUAUGAUGUGUGAUCAGCCAUGGAAAAAUGUGUGCUUGUGCGCAUGUGUGCGCUAAGUGUGGAGUGUUUCUUUUCUGGUCAGUGCAGCAAGCUUUUUUGGCAAGAUGUUGUUUGACUACAUACUAAUUUGAGGUGUCUGAGAACAUGGACACACACUGUAGGGUCCCCCACCGCCUCAAAUAUCCUGUUUUUAUAUGUUGGCUACUUUAAGACAUUUCAGAACAUUUCUGAUGGUUGGCCUCCAGGUUGUGCUUUUUGAGUGUUCUCUGUGUUUCUCUGCUCUGAAGGAACAUUCUGCUGGCUUGACCCGUAGUGUUAUGAAAGCUCACUAGAGCUAACUGUAAUUUGAUUAGAAUUAGUUGGAGACGAGUAUCUGACUGAGACACUGCAUACCUCUGGACACACAGCUACCUUCUCUUCCCUUAGGACAGGAUGUGAAUGGAAUUGUUGACAGGUGUGAUGGUAACAGGUUUAGCAAGCUUAAGCAUCUGGUUGUAGAAGUGGAGAGGUGAUCUGUGGGUGUGAGAGAGACUGAAGGCUUAUUACAGGGUGGAGUGGUCGAACAGUGACCAGAAUAAAGGAAAGAAGCAUGCUGUAAGGCAUAAAGAAAGGGACCUGUUUAUUUGUGUUUGUGUGGGUGUGUGUUUAAUUUCUGGAUCUCUUGGGUCCACAGUACCUCAGAACGUUGUGAUGGUUUAUGCUGAUACCUAUAACUGCUGUUAGGGUACUGUUUUCUCUUUUUUGCUUUGUUUUUAUAUCUUUAAAAAUAACACCCUGGAGAAAAAUCAUGUAUGACUAUUUUUUUCAUUUGAUUAAACCAGACAAUUCUUUCAAA